CGACUCGGUUUAUGUGUGAGUGGGACCUUGACUGAGUGGGGGCGCUCUUCAGACCAGUACCGCUAAUAGGAUUGCUAUAUUCACAAGCUAGGUUGAAAUAACAGGGGAUUUUAGGUCGCUCAAUCAAAAACAAAAUAUAGUAUCAUUAUCAAUCUUUCGCAUCUCACUCUAAAACACUAACACGGCAUUGAUGGUAAUGUAUGCAAGGAAACAACCGAGACUCGGCGAUGGGUGCGACCGAAGAGAUUCUCAGCCCUAUCAGGUACUUGGUACAAUAUCGUAGCCUGCUAGCUUGAUAGCAGAAAAUAAGAUUAAAAUGGACACUCUAGUUCAGGCUUCUGUGUAUCUCCACAGGCCCCAGUUAGUGCGGAAAAUGGCACGGAAAGUAGUUAAAGUUUCGUUUUAGAUAACUGCCUUGGCAUAGUAUUUCAAAUGCAACUGACAUAAGAUAAAAGUUGUAUGAUAUGAUUUGGUAUAUCGAAUUAAACGGUUUUGUAGAAGAUAGCGGCGAGUCUUAUUGCGGCUCCAAGCUAAUAGUAGCUAGUUAGUAUUAGCUUGCUUGCUAGCCGGUCCGAUUCAGGCCUGACCGCAAUCUGUCAUUUUAAGGAUGUAACUGCUCUCUUAUAAUUACAAUUCUCAUGACCAAAGUACUAGCAGUUGAAAUAAAUAAUCGAGUUAUAUGAAAGACUCAUUGUGUUUUAAAUAUUGUUUCUUCUCAUUAUCAGAAUGAGAUAUUUUAAGUUCAAUUUAAUGCAAUGAAGAACGGUACGACUGCUCUCAAUUGGCUGUAUAAAUAGCGAAAGGCUCAACAAAUACAUUUUCUGCAACAUUAGAAAACGAAUUAAUCUGCAUUAUUCAGAUAUCAUUAUCUUUUAAGGUAAUUAUAUUCAUAACAUUGUAUUUUAGAGGGUAGGUCUAGAUAAAAGUCCAAUCUUUGUACAUGCCCAAUGAUUUUUUUGUAUCAUAUUGAAUUGACAUGGAAAAUUAACUCACUCCUCCUAAAGGGAACACUGUGAAAUUCAUAUAUUAAGUCAGGCGUCUUGAGAGGCAAGAAUGAAUUAGCUACAUAAUCUUGACAUCGAAAUAAAAUUGAACAUUUUUGUAGUAUUUGUGAAUCAAGAGUAAGGUUUUGGACAUCCAAAAAUUUAGCCGUAAUAAUCAGUAGGCGAGGUGUUUUUUCCUACAGACUCUCAAAUAUUCAUCCAAGAGCCAUCCAGGAGGGGACCGUCGACAUGAAAAGACACGAGACUCAACAGAUGUCAUUCCUCCCUGUAAAAUUCUCCGGAGGUCCGACAGUCCUGAAAACAAACACAUCGACAGCACAGGGAACAGCAGAGCAAAAACUGUGCACACACAACGGCCCAGAGAGAGGGAUGGAGGACCCAGUUAUUCCCCACAAGAAAACUCUCACAACCAUAGUUCCAUUCAUAGUUCCAACUCCCAUUUUAACCCCAGCAGGACGCCAGACACACCUUAUGAGCCUAGUGACGACUGGUCAGAGCACAUUAGUUCCUCUGGAAAGAAAUACUAUUACAACUGCAGGACAGAGGUGUCACAGUGGGAGAAGCCCAAAGAAUGGCUGGAAAGAGAGCAGAGGCAGAAAGAGGCAACAAAGACCGCUGUUGUCAAUAGCUUUCCGAAGGACAGGGACUACAGAAGGGAGACUUUACAGGCAACGGCGACCCCUGGCUUUUCUGGUCCUAAGUCGGCUCAGAUUGAGAAACCCUCAGUGGCCCUUGUCACCCAGUCAUCAUCUUCUUGCUUAGGUAGCUUAAACCCAUUAUCAGGACCACCUGGAUCAUCAGUUUCCACUGUACCUGUAUCCCCAAUACUUCAGUCCCCUGCUCCUACGCUACUACAAGACCCCACCCUACUUCGCCAGCUUCUCCCAGCACUUCAGACUGCCCUGCAGCUCAAUAAUGCCAGUGUGGACAUGGCCAAAAUAAAUGAAGUUCUCACAGCUGCUGUCACACAAGCUUCAUUACAGUCUAUGCUCCACAAGAUCCUCACUGCUGGACCAUCAGCCUUCAACAUCACCACUAUUCUUUCUCAGGCUGCUCAACUGUCUAGUCAAGCAGUUCAACAAUCAAAUCAGUCACCAAUGUCUUUAACAUCAGACGCCUCUUCGCCAAGAUCUUACGUCUCCCCAAGGAUCAGCACACCACAGGCUAAUGCUGGUUCUUUAAAGCCCCUACUCAACACACAGCCCAUCAUCUCACAGCCAAAAGUGAAUACACCAUCAGUGAAACAGUUGUCUCAUUCCCAGCCCCCAUCCCAGCAACCCAUCUCAAGUGAUAAGCUGCACAGUCAUGAUGUCAACACAGCCUCUCCACGUACCCUCCAACGCCAAGGCAGUCAGCGCAGUCCUUCCCCUGGACCCAACCAUGUCGCCUCCAGCAGCAGCAACAUCACCUGCUCGGCCUCAGCUCCCCCAACAGCCUCAGUAGCCCGACCCUCUUGCUCUUUUACCCCCACACUUGCUGCACACUUCAAUGAAAACCUUAUCAAACAUGUGCAGGGAUGGCCAGCUGAACACGUAGAGAAGCAGGCAUCAAGAUUGCGUGAAGAGGCUCACACCAUGGGCAGUAUCUGCAUGUCCGAGAACUGCACUGAGUUAAAAAAUCUGCGGUCUUUGGUCAGAGUCUGUGAAAUACAAGCAACACUGCGUGAGCAGAGGAUAUUGUUUUUGAGACAGCAAAUCAAAGAACUUGAAAAGUUGAAGAAUCAGAAUUCCUUUAUGGUUUGAGAACUUAUGGUUUUGAGUUGGAGUGGGCAGGACAGACGUAGUAGCGGGACCCAUUGCACAUAGUUGGAGUCUGGAAUGAGAGCCGUUCAGUUACCCUUGAACCCAGUCUAAACACACGCAUACACAAGAUCGGGUUGGCUUUGGCCCAUUGGACUGGGACACAAGAGGGAAAAUUGAGGAUCUGUUGGUGGAGGAGGGGUAGGGGUGGAUUGACAGGAAUUGGUUUUGUAAAAACUCUGGAUGGGGAAGAAAAUGUAGAUUUCUUGUAGAUGUUAUCUAUGUUGUAAAUAUGUUUUGUAGAUUGAAGCCAUGGAAAGCCAUGCCUAUCAAAGCUUUCGAAAUCCAGAUUAAUCAAUGCCUACAGUCAUAAGAUAGCCUGUCAUUCAUGUUAAAUCAUCUCCGGAUUUAAAGCUUAAUUUCUCAAUUCUUAGAUCAUUGAACCAUUGCAUAUGUGUUUAUGUGACCAGCAUGUAAACAGAGGAGGAUGUGUGAAGCUAUUUUCUUUACACAGAACCCCAGCAUAAAUACAAAUGCACUGAUGUCAGUGUAGUUUAUGUUUAUCCUCAAAUCUUAAUAAACUCUUGUUGUCUAGAUUCUCUUCCCUCCACUCUCUCAAGGUGAUCUGUAAUGUGCACAAGCUUUGCAAACAUCCUCUCUCAACAGGUCUGUGGUAACUGCUCUCAAUGGUUCAGUGAUCUGUUUGCUAGGGCCUAUGCAUUACCCACUCAGGAUGGGAUCAUACAGUGCCUGUUGGAUUGUGGGAUGAGUGUUAUGAAGAACAUGGAGUGUAAUGGCAUGCUGCUCUGGACCAUUCCUGCUUCCCUCCCUUGGCCUGAUCCUGGCCCAACCUAGCCCUGUCCUCAUUUUAGUGCUGCCAACCUCUGUGGAUUUUUUAUGUUUGUUUGUUUUGUCCUCACUUCUGUGUUUCUGCUUUUUUUCCCCUCAUUUUCCCUCCUUAUGUUUUCAAAUUGAGGUGGUGCCUCUGUUUCAUUCCUUUGUACAAACACUAAGAAAAACUGGAGUGUUAAGAGGAAAAUGACUCAAAAGGUUUUAUUUAUGAGAUAAGCUGUAAUAUUCACUGCUGAUCCACACAUUUUCAUCAGUGCCCAGAUGUAGUAGUAAAGCUACAGCAGGUCAGAGGGUGUAUGUGGAACAUUUCCUUAGCACAGGGCAAGAAGGGGUCAAAGCUCAAAUGUGAAAUGUAAUAUUGUAAUAAACAUGUUAAACUAAAGCGAGCACUGGUUAUUUUAUCUUUCAAUGUUAGACCUUUUUUUUUUGUUUUAUGCUAGUGCCUUGUUGAAAGUCUUAAGCCUCAUUUACCUCCAGACCCCAUGCUUUUUUUUUGUUUUUCAUUCCAUCUUAAUUUCAACAAGCAUGUCCCUCACAAGGUCGUUGGCAAAUAUUCCAUCCGCCCCUCAGUUUUUGUGCCCUGCUGUAAAGGGUCAUCAGUCUCGAAAACCUAUGUAUUCCCUACCCAAUCAUUCAGUCUCUUGAACUGAACUUCACCACACAUUUAGCAGUGUCCACAUCAUUGCUUUGUAUAUUGGUUCCUGAAGUAUAUUGACAAAUGAAAUAAAAUGUUCCUCUCCAGGAUAAAUUGCUUGCGUGUUUGAUCAUCCCUUAAAACCUUGAAUGGCAUGUUUGGAAAU